UACUGAGUUGUGCUUUUCAUAUAUCACAUGGUUCACAAAUUCGAGCUGUUCACAUAUUCAUUGUUUACUUUUCAACAACUGUGCAUGUGGACUCUGUUACCCACAGUUGAAGAUUAUUCUCAGAAUGGGGCACACAAGUUUAGAAAAAAUCAUUGCACUACAGAAGAAAACGUCAAACAUUAGAAAUAUCUGUAUUUUGGCCCACGUGGACCAUGGAAAAACGACACUGGCAGACUGUUUGGUCGCAAGCAACGGCAUCAUUUCCACUCGCUUGGCAGGAAAGCUCAGGUACCUGGACAGCCGGGAGGAUGAACAGAUCCGAGGGAUCACUAUGAAGUCCAGUGCCAUUUCUUUACACUAUACAACAGGAGACAAUGAAUACCUCAUUAAUCUGAUCGACUCUCCCGGUCAUGUGGACUUCUCCUCGGAGGUCUCUACAGCUGUUCGGCUGUGUGACGGAGCCAUCGUGAUCGUGGACGCGGUAGAAGGAGUGUGUCCUCAGACACAAGCAGUGUUGAGGCAGGCAUGGCUGGAGAACAUUCGACCUGUGCUUGUUAUCAACAAGAUUGACCGGCUGAUUGUGGAGCUCAAGCUGAGUCCUCAAGAGUCCUACACACACCUCCUGAAAAUUCUUGAACAGGUGAACGCUGUGACAGGCACCCUGUUCACUUCUAAAGUGCUGGAGGAGCGUGCAGUGAAGGAGGCACAGGUUCAGGAAGAGCCUCCUGAGACCGAUGGAGGUGAGCAGGUUUAUGAUUGGAGCUCAGGCCUGGAGGAAACGGAUGAUUCGCAUCUAUAUUUCAGCCCUGACCAGGGAAACGUGGUGUUUGCCAGUGCAAUCGACUCCUGGGGUUUCAGUGUCCAUCAGUUUGCCCAGAUCUACAGCCAGAAGAUGGGGAUUCGCUACGAGCUUUUACAGAAGACUCUGUGGGGAGACUACUACCUAAACAUCAAGGCCAAAAAGAUCAUGAAGGGAGCGCAGUCCAAAGGAAAAAAGCCGCUUUUUGUCCAGCUGGUCCUGGACAAUAUCUGGAGUUUAUACGACGCUGUGGUCAUCAGAAGAGACAAAGAAAAGGUGGAGAAGAUGGUGGCUUCAUUGGGGUUAAAGGUCAUGGCCCGUGACCUUCGUCACUCUGACCCGAAGGUGCUCCUGAGUGCCAUCUGCAGUCAGUGGUUGCCUUUGUCUCGGGCUGUGCUCUCGAUGGUGUGUGAGAAGUUGCCAGCUCCCACUGAGGUGAUCUCGGAGAGGGUGGAGAAGCUGAUGAGCGUGGGUACACGCAGGUUCGACUCCCUGCCCGAAAAAACACAGCAGCUGAAACAAGCAUUUUUGGAGUGCUCAAGCGAAGAAUCGGCGCCAGUCAUUGUGUUUGUGUCGAAGAUGUUCGCCGUGGAUUCAAAGGCCCUGCCGCAAAACAAACAAAGGCCCCUGACUCAGGAGGAGAUCGCCCAGCGUAGAGACCUGGCCAGGCAGAAACAUGCAGAACGACAAGCAGCCAGUCAAACCUCUGAAAUCCCAGAGACAACCAACACCACCAAGCAAGGUCCCGAUGAGCUGUGCGUGUUAACCGAAGCCCUGGCGGUGAAGUCCACACCAGAAGAGGAGGAGAGAGAAACCUUUGUAGCCUUUGCACGUGUCUACAGCGGAAUAGUGCGCAGGGGUCAGAAAGUGUUUGUGCUCGGACCCAAAUACGACCCUGCCAUCACCCUGCAGACGCUGACAGACGAGUGUUCAGUCCCUGACUCCAUGCCCGCCAUACCCCACUUAGCCUGCUGCACUCUGGAUCGGUUGUAUUUGCUGAUGGGACGAGAGCUUGAAGAACUCGAUGAGGUUCCAGCGGGCAACGUUCUAGGAAUCGGUGGCAUGGAGGAGUUUAUUCUAAAGUCAGCAACCAUCUCGACCUCAGCCGCAUGCCCUCCGUUCACACCGCUUAACUUCGAGGCCACGCCUAUCGUCAGAGUGGCGAUUGAGCCCAAACAUCCCAGCGAGAUGCCCAAGCUGGUGCGGGGGAUGCGUCUCCUGAACCAGGCUGACCCGUGCGUGGAGGUUUUGAUCCAGGAGAGCGGGGAGCACGUACUCGUCACGGCUGGAGAGGUUCACCUGCAGCGCUGCCUCGAUGACCUCCGAGAGAGGUUUGCCAAAAUUGAGAUCAGUUCCUCUGCUCCCAUCAUCCCAUUCCGUGAGACUGUCAUCCGCCCACCCAAAGUGGACAUGGUGAAUGAGGAUCUUGGACGGCAGCAGAAGGUUGCCGUGAUCCAUCAAACCAAAGAGGAGCAAUCCAAACUCCCAGAAGGGGUUCAGAUAGAUUCGAGUGGCCUGGUAACCUUAACUACCCCCAACAAAAUGGCCACAAUCGGAGUUCGGGCUAUCCCUCUGCCUGAGCAAGUGACCUGGCUCCUGGAGAAGAAUGCAGAGCUCAUCCGAACCAUGGAGCACGUCAACCUGCUGGCACGAGAGGGCAAAGCUUUAGAGAUUAGUUCCAAAACUCUGGAGGAAAUCCGCAAUUUAAAGGCUGAAUUAGAAAACCACCUUCAGGGCCACAAGUGGAGGAAUGCAGUGGAGCGAAUCUGGGCUUUUGGACCGCGUCGCUACGGCCCCAACAUUCUUCUGAACAGCGUUGAGGGAUACCAAAGGCCAUCGGUGUGGCAAGUUCUCAAUUUAGAGAAGGAGAAAAGUGAAGGCGCCACGCUGCGAGAUUUUGAUAACAGCAUAGGGAGCGGGUUCCAGCUGGCCACGCUUUCAGGCCCCAUGUGUGAAGAGCCGCUGAUGGGCGUCUGCUUCUCUGUGGAGAGCUGGGACGUGAAAAUCCCAUCUCAGACAGUGCAGAAGGACUCGCAGGAUGACACAAUUUCUCAAAACACUUUAGAGGCAAAUAAUAACGAGGGUGAGCUUGGAGAAGACGGCGAGGCACAGAGCCGGCGUCGAGACAUGGCUGACUGCUACGGGCCAUUCUCAGGUCAGCUUAUUGCUUCCAUGAAAGAGGCGUGCAGGUAUGCUUUCCAGGCAAAACCACAGCGCCUCAUGGCUGCAAUGUACACCUGUGAGAUCAUGGCUACAGCCGAGGUAUUAGGGCGUGUGUAUGGUGUCUUGUCCAAGCGUGAAGGUCGUGUCCUUAACGAGGAGAUGAAGGAGGGAUCAGACGUGUUCAUCAUCAGAGCUGUUCUUCCUGUGGCCGAGAGCUUCGGAUUCGCUGAUGAGAUCCGCAAGAGGACGAGCGGGCUGGCAAGCCCUCAACUGGUGUUCACUCACUGGGAGGUCAUCUCCAGCGAUCCGUUCUGGGUGCCCACUACUGAAGAAGAAUAUCUCCACUUUGGAGAAAAGGCAGAUUCGGCGAAUCAGGCACUGAAGUACGUAAAUGCUGUUCGGAAGCGCAAAGGGCUUUAUGUGGAGGAGAAGAUUGUUGAACAUGCUGAGAAGCAACGCACUCUAAGCAAGAACAAAUAAACUCUCCUUAAUUUA